GGGCCGCGGCGUAGCGACGCAACCUGCUCUCGGUUUACGUCACGGCGCGGGCGGAAGAUGGCCGGGUUGUUCUCUAGCAGCUGCUGACCCGGCAGUGCGGAGCCGGAGCCUGGCUCCCGCUGCCACUGAGUGGCCGCCGCCAUGUCACUGCUGCAGUCUGCUCUGGACUUCCUGGCAGGUCCUGGUUCUCUUGGUGGAGCUGCCGGCCGUGACCAAAGUGACUUCGUGGGGCAGACUGUGGAACUGGGCGAGCUACGUCUGCGGGUGCGGCGGGUCCUAGCCGAAGGAGGGUUCGCAUUUGUUUAUGAAGCUCAAGAUCUGGGAAGUGGCAGAGAGUAUGCAUUAAAGAGAUUAUUAUCCAAUGAAGAGGAAAAGAACAGAACCAUCAUUCAGGAAGUUUGCUUCUUGAAAAAACUUUCCGGCCACCCCAACAUUGUUCAGUUCUGCUCUGCAGCGUCCAUAGGAAAAGAGGAGUCAGACACCGGGCAGGCUGAGUUCCUCCUGCUUACAGAGCUCUGUAAAGGACAGCUGGUGGAGUUUCUCAGGAGAGUUGAAUGUAAAGGCCCUCUGUCCUGCGACAGCAUUCUGAAGAUCUUCUACCAGACAUGCAGAGCAGUGCAGCAUAUGCACAGGCAGAAACCACCCAUCAUCCACAGGGAUCUCAAGGUUGAAAACUUACUGCUUAGUAACCAGGGGACCAUUAAGCUGUGUGACUUUGGCAGUGCCACAACUAUCUCCCAUUAUCCUGACUACAGCUGGAGCGCCCAGAAGCGAGCCAUGGUGGAGGAAGAGAUCACGAGGAAUACCACACCCAUGUACAGAACGCCAGAAAUUGUAGACCUGUAUUCCAACUUUCCCAUUGGCGAGAAGCAGGAUAUCUGGGCACUGGGCUGUAUCUUAUACCUACUAUGUUUCCGGCAGCAUCCUUUUGAGGAUGGAGCAAAACUUCGGAUAGUCAAUGGGAAGUACUCCAUUCCUGUGAAUGACACUCGUUACACAGUCUUCCAUGACCUUAUUCGUGCAAUGCUAAAGGUCAACCCAGAGGAGAGGCUGUCCAUUGCUGAAGUUGUCCGACAACUUCAGGAAAUUGCAGCAGCCAGGAAUGUGAACCCCAAGGCCCCCAUCACAGAGCUGCUGGAACAGAAUGGUGGCUUUGGGAAUUCAGGGCCUUCAAGAGCACCACCUGCUCCUGGGGGCCCUGUGAAUAGCAGUUACGGUGGAGUUAUGACUCUGGCAGAGUAUGACCAGCCCUAUGGUGGGUUUCUCGACAUCCUGCGGGGCGGGACAGAACGGCUCUUCACCAACCUCAAGGAUACUUCCUCCAAGGUCAUCCAGUCUGUGGCUAACUAUGCAAAGGGUGAUCUGGACAUAUCUUAUAUCACAUCCAGAAUUGCAGUGAUGUCAUUCCCAGCAGAAGGUGUGGAGUCAGCGAUCAAAAACAACAUAGAGGAUGUGCGGUUGUUUCUGGAUGCCAAGCAUCCAGGACACUAUGCUGUUUACAACCUGUCUCCAAGGAUAUACCGGGCUUCCAAAUUCCACAACCGGGUCUCUGAGUGUGGCUGGGCAGCCAGGCGGGCACCACAUCUCCACGGUUUGUAUACUCUAUGCAGGAACAUGCAUGCCUGGCUCCGGGAAGACCACAGGAACGUCUGUGUUGUGCACUGCAUGGAUGGGAGAGCUGCCUCUGCUGUGGCAGUUUGCGCAUUCCUGUGCUUCUGCCGUCUCUUCAGCACUGCAGAGGCUGCCGUGUACAUGUUCAGCAUGAAGCGCUGCCCGCCAGGCAUAUGGCCGUCCCACAAAAGGUAUAUUGAAUAUGUAUGUGACAUGGUGGCAGAGGAGCCCAUCACACCCCAUAGCAAGCCAAUGCUGGUGAAAUCUGUUGUCAUGACCCCUGUGCCAUUGUUCAGCAAGCAAAGGAAUGGCUGCCGACCAUUCUGUGAGGUCUAUGUUGGGGAGGAACGCAUAACCACCACAUCCCAGGAAUACGACAGGAUGAAGGAAUUUAAAAUUGAGGAUGGCAGGGCUGUUAUCCCCCUGGGCGUAACAGUUCAAGGGGAUGUGCUCAUCAUCAUUUACCAUGCCAGAUCCACUUUAGGAGGGAGACUGCAGGCCAAGAUGGCGUCCAUGAAAAUGUUCCAGAUCCAGUUCCACACUGGGUUCGUGCCUCGAAAUGCAACCACUGUGAAAUUUGCAAAGUAUGACCUGGACGCUUGUGAUAUUCAGGAGAAGUACCCAGAUCUGUUCCAGGUAAAUCUGGAGGUGGAGGUGGAAUCAAGAGACAGGCCCAGCCGAGAAGCUCCACCUUGGGAGAAUACGAGCCUGCGGGGCCUGAACCCCAAGAUUCUCUUUUCAAGCAGGGAAGAGCAGCAGGACAUCCUGUCUAAGUUUGGGAAGCCAGAGCUACCCCGGCAGCCGGGCUCCACAGCUCAGUAUGACGCUGAGGCAGGGUCUCCGGAGGCUGAGAUCACAGAGUCGGACUCACCGCAGAGCAGCAGCACGGACACCAACCACUUUCUUCACACGCUGGAUUGGCAGGAGGAAAAAGAACCAGAGACUGGUGCAGAUAAUACCUCUCCUAAGGAGAGUCAGUCUGUCCUGAUUGCAGACAGAGAUGGAAGUGAAAUGUCAGAUGAAGAAGAGCCUCCAUUCCCCAGUGAAGAGAGGGAGCCAGGGUCUGGAGAAGACACACCAAGGCUGGCAGCUGGGACCAGACAGCAAGAUUUAAUAUUUGAUGUGGGCAUGCCUGCUGCCCAACAGGACCCUGCACCGCAGGAAGAGGGUGUGGAUCUCCUGGGCCUGCACUCUGAGGGUGACUCAGUGCCUGCUGCCCCCUUGCAGACUUGCAGGGUCCCCUCCAGCAACACUGACCUGUUGAGCUGCCUUCUUGAGCCAUCUGAUGCUGCUCAAAUGGGAACUCCUGGUGACCUGCUUGGUGUGGACCCAUUUGACCAACUCCUACUGUCAUCCAACUCAGAUGCCCAGCCCUGCUCCAAGCCUGAUCUUUUUGGAGAAUUUCUCAAUCCUGACUCUGUAGCUUCCUCAGCUGCCUUCCCAUCCACCCACAGUGCCCCGCCCCCAUCCUCCAGCACUACUUUCCUGCACCUAGGGGAUCUCAAAGCAGAGCCCAACAAGGUGAUAGCUUCAUCAAGCCACCCAGAUCUGCUCGGAGGAUGGGAUACCUGGGCUGAGACUGCUAUGCCCGGUCCGGCCUCCAUGCCAGUACCAGAAGGUCCCCUCUUCUCUUCUGGAGGUCACCCAGGCCCACCAGGUCACCACCCCAGCCAAACCAAGUCUCAGAGCCUAGACCCAUUUGCUGAUCUCAGUGAUCUCAGCUCUAGCCUCCAAGGCCUGCCUGCUGGACUUCCUACAGGGGCCUUUGCUACCACAUCAGCCUCCAUUCCCAAAAGCAGCAGCUCCUGGCAGACAAGUCGUCCCACAGCCCCAGGAACCUCAUGGACCCCCCAGGCCAAGCCAGCCCCCAGAGCCUCUGAACAGCUAAGGUCUCACUUUAGUGUGAUUGGAGCUCGAGAGGAGAGAGGUGUCCGUGUGCCCAGCUUUGCCCAAAAGCCAAAAGUCUCAGAAAAUGAUUUUGAAGAUCUGCUGCCUAAUCAAGGUUUCUCCAAAUCUGACAAGAAGGGGCCAAAGACCAUGGCUGAGAUGCGGAAACAGGACCUAGCCAGAGACACAGACCCAUUAAAGUUGAAGCUUUUGGAGUGGAUUGAAGGCAAGGAGAGGAACAUCCGUGCACUGCUGUCCACGCUGCACACAGUACUGUGGGAUGGGGAGAGCCGCUGGACACCUGUGAGUAUGGCUGACCUGGUGACUCCAGAGCAGGUGAAGAAGCAGUACCGCCGAGCAGUGCUGGUAGUGCAUCCAGAUAAAGCCACUGGGCAGCCAUACGAGCAGUAUGCCAAGAUGAUCUUCAUGGAGCUGAAUGAUGCAUGGUCUGAGUUUGAGAACCAGGGCUCAAGGCCUCUCUUCUGAGGCCAGUGAUUGCUGUGACUGCAAGAGCUGCUCAUGACGCCCGAAUGCUGCUGGCCUGACUGAUGCACAGAUGGGACCAUAGCAGGUGUGGCAGGUGAUGCGGCCCCAGGGGCCUGGACCAUCUACUCCCAGCCAUCCUGCAUUCAUCAUGGACAAAUACCAUUCCAUGGCUGGGAGAGAAAGCAUUCCUCAGAUCUGAUGUUUGUUGUUUUGUUUUUCUUUUUCUUGUCCCAGAGGAAAAGUGUUGAUUUAUACUCCUUCCACAGCUGUCACGGUUUGUGACUUACUUGGUGUCUGGUGGCUGUCACCUCUUGAAUGGCACAUGUCGCCGGCACUGCCCUCCUGUCACUUCUUCAAAUCUGGGGGCAUUCACACCCUACUCUGAUCAGUUCACCAAUCAUCUGUACAUAAUUAAACUAUUUUCUGAUGGCUGGUGCA